GUAUUUCACACAAUGUUCAAAAGGGACAAGUCCCUUGUUUCAGAAUCCAAGAGAGAAUUAUUUUCCCAAGGAGCUACACGAUCCGUACCGAGGAAUGAUAUGAAAAAAUUUCACUCUAUGUCGCAGUUUGUACUUUCAGCAGGCCCUCUAAAAUCAACUCCAACAGUUAAACUUUCAAAAACUACUCACUUUGAGAUUGAAAUAUUUGAUGCUCAAACAGGAAAGCUGAUAUGUAUUGUGGAUAAGGUGAUGCAAACAUUUACUAUUCAUGAUGUUAAACAAAAAUUUCACCAAGCAUGUCCAAAAUGGUAUCCUUCCCGAGUUGGCCUGCAACUAGAAUAUGGAGGGGCAUUUUUGAAGGACUACAUAACCAUCCAAAGUGUCGCAGCUUCCUCCAUUGUCACACUGUAUUUUACAGACCUAGGUCCACAGGUCAAAUGGACUACAGUGUUUUUGACUGAGUACACCGGACCGCUGCUAAUAUAUCUCAUAUUUUAUUUGAGGACUCCAUAUAUAUAUGACAUCAAAGAAAGUUCUAGAAGAUUACGCCACCCGGUAGUACACUUGGCCUGCUUUUGCCAUUGUAUACACUACAUUAGAUAUAUUUUGGAAACUUUAUUUGUCCACAAAGUCUCUGCAGGACAUUCACCUCUGAAAAAUUUGAUAAAGGGUUGCGCCUUUUAUUGGGGAUUCACUACUUGGAUUGCCUACUACAUUAAUCAUCCACAGUAUACACCACCAUCAUUUGGAAACAGACAAAUUACAGUGUCUGCUAUAAAUUUUCUGGUUUGUGAAGCUGGAAAUCAUUUCAUCAAUGUGGUGCUGUCUCAUUCUAAACACACUGGAAAUAAUGCCUGUUUUCCAAGUCCAAAUUGCAACCCCUUCACAUGGAUUUUAUUUCUGGUUUCAUGCCCUAACUAUACCUAUGAGAUUGGAUCUUGGAUUAGUUUCACAGUCAUGACACAGACACUGCCAGUUGGGGUUUUUACACUGCUGAUAAGUAUCCAGAUGUCUUUGUGGGCAAAAAAGAAGCAUAAGAUAUAUCUGAAGAAGUGCAAUUCGUAUGUGUUUUGGAAAUCAGCAAUAAUUCCAUUUAUAUUGUAAAAAAAUGUUGUAUUAUCUCAGAUAUAAAACAAUAAAAAGUUUAAUCAAGAAUAUUUGACCAUAUUCCAGAAAUUGAUAACAGGAAUUUUACUGAAUAAAAAUAUAAAAUGUU